CUGAGCCGCGCUGAACUAUAAAUAAUGUAGAGCCGAGCAGAAAAGGCACAGUCACAACUCUACCUUCGAGGUGUUGAAUUGGAUCUGAGCAAUAUGAAAUUCCUGAUCGCUUUUGCCCUGGUGGCCGUGGCCAGCGCAGAUGUUUCGCAUCUGUUCUCGCACAGCAACAACCUGCAGGAGGAUGGAUACCACUAUGCCCCACCACGCGCCCCGGUCGUCAUCGAUGUGCCCUAUGUGUCCCACGAGUCUGCCCCACCAGCAGUGGUCUACGAGGCCCCCAAGCCCAGGCCCACACCCCCUCGUCCAGUGUACACCCCUCCAGUGGUCGUUCACGCCGCGCCCGCUGGCAUCCUGAAGGAAGAUGGCUACCACUACGCCCAGCCCUCCGUGAAAUUCGAGGUCGCUGCUCCCGCCCCAAAGGUUGAGUACUUGCCACCCCCACCCACCAAGAAGGUGUACGUCGCUCCCCCAGUCUACGUGGCACCCCCAACCAAGAAGGUCGUCGUCUACACCCCACCCCCACCACCACCACCGAAGCCGGUCGUGUACACACCCCCAGCUGGCAUCCUGAAGGAAGAUGGCUACCACUACGCCCAGCCCUCCGUCAAAUUCGAGGUCGCUGCUCCCGCACCAAAGGUUGAGUACCUGCCACCCCCACCCACCAAGAAGGUGUACGUCGCUCCCCCAGUCUACGUGGCACCCCCAACCAAGAAGGUCGUCGUCUACACCCCACCCCCACCACCACCACCGAAGCCGGUCGUGUACACACCCCCAGCUGGCAUCCUGAAGGAAGAUGGCUACCACUACGCCCAGCCCUCCGUGAAAUUCGAGGUCGCUGCUCCCGCCCCAAAGGUUGAGUACCUGCCACCCCCACCCACCAAGAAGGUGUACGUCGCUCCCCCAGUCUAUGUCCCACCCCCACCCCCACCAACCAAGAAGGUGUACGUCGCUCCCCCAGUCUACGUGCCACCCCCAACCAAGAAGGUCGUCGUCUACACCCCACCCCCACCCCCACCAGCACCCAAGGUCGAGUACCUGCCCCCCGUCCAGAAGGGAUACAGCUACCCCAACGACCCCCAGCCCGCGUUCAACUUCUAGGCUCUCGAAGCUCGUUGUAAAUACACAGAUUAAGUAUUAGCCAUAUUUUUGAACGAAUUGUGAAUGAGUGGCUUGGCCUUUCCCCAUCGCAGGAAAGCCGAGUACACUUGAUAUAACCGUGAAAAUAAAAAUCAUUC